GUUGAGCUCUUGGUUGGUGAACCAUUUUAUUAUGGAAAUGAUAGCAUGCUUCCAUGGCAAAACCUGCGGUUUUGGGGCUCAGUGAGAUAUCUACAGUCAUGGAGUUUGAUUUCUCAAAACCCAUUAGUCCUUGUUUUGGGAAAGCCCAGGUUGAAUUUACGGAGCCUGGGAUAUGCCAUGGUUUUGUGCUCUGGAUUGAUUGGGUGAUGGACAUUGAUAACUCCAUUGCG